AUGUCGCAGGAGAACAACGCUCGGGAAAAAUCAGAACCCAACAACGUUGCCUUUCAAACAAACGCGAACAAUACUCUUUCUGCCGAAAAUGCUCAGCAUCAACGAUUUCCCAGCGUCAUUUCUAACGAAGCGACGGCGGCUAUUUCGGACGGCAAUUCAUCAGACACACAGUCUGCUGCCUCUGCGACUGACGAAAAAAUCAAUAAUGCAAAUACAGACCUUCGCCGUCUUACUACAAUGGGUCGCUUCUAUAAACGCUUCUCCCAGUAUCCUACCGUCUGUCGAUGGUUCGUUUACUGGUUGCCGUUAGCACUCAUCUUCAUGAUUCCCAUGGCUAUUGGUGGCUCUUCUGCCGGACGCAAUGCCCGUCUGGGUCAUGUUCGGAUUCUUUGGAUAUUCAUGUGGGUCGAGGUCGCCUGGACUGGAUAUUGGAUUUCAUUACUCUGUGCCACUUUGCUCCCCAAAUUUGUCGUUUUUUUCUUUGGCAUUAUAUCCGUGUCCGCCGUUAAGUACACUACUGUUUUGAGCGCUGUGCGCAUUCCCCUGUCAUUUGUUUUCUCUUCCAUCAUCAACCUAUGUACAUUUCCAUCCAUUAUGAUUCAUAAAACCGAUCCUGCAUCGUUUGCCAAUACAACGACAGCAACUACUACAACUAUAACAGCAAAACCCACCGCAACCUCCUCUUCCUCUUCAUUCUCAAACUUGGAUACGAGUCAUUCAAAAAUUCUUGGCGCGACGCUCAUUGCUGCUGUGGUGCUCUUGCUCGAAAAGAUUAUUCUUCAUCUAAUUGCCUUCAACUACCAUCGCAUCCAGUACCAGUACCGCAUUGCAGACAACAAGUCGCAAAUCUCUGCGCUAAUGCACAUGCUUGAAGCUUCGAAAAAGGCACCGCACACUUCGUCGGUGAAUGUUAUGCAGCAAGAUUACAUUCUCGGUCUCAAUCUAAACACCGGUAAGCGUGUCGUGAAGAAGAAGUCGCCCAAGUACAGAGCUCGUUAUCUUCGCUGGAAGGCCAGAAAGAUGGUGAGACGAACGGGUGAUGUUGUUGCUUCCGCGUUUAUGGAAAUGGUUGGCACAGAUCCGAAACCGAAGAAUACACAGGAACAGAUUGUCUUGGAUUCCUUGUCUUCGCCGCGUCAUCGUACGGCACUUAUUCGACGGAUCUGGUACUCCUUUACACCAAGUGAAUAUGACAGCGUGCACAAGGAUACUCUGCUCAAAUAUCUAAGUCCCCUCGAAGCAUUAAAUGUGUUGGAAUGGAUGGACAAAAACUAUGACAGUCAAGUUAGUUUCGAGGAAUUCAGCGAAUUUGUGCAUGUGUUGGCAAGUGAGCGUUUCGCCAUUCAGUCCUCGUUGCGCGAUGUCGAUGUUGCGUUGGCCAAACUUGACAAAGUUGGUCUUGCUAUUGUUAGUGUGUUGGCAUUUAUGAUUUACGUGUCAUUUUUAGACACUUCUUUCGAGACUGUCAUUACUGCAGUUGGUGCGUUUCUGUUAAGCAUCUCGUUCGUGUUUAGCACCACUGCACAAGAGCUGCUUUCGUCGAUUGUCUUUCUGUUUGGUAAACAUCCGUUUGACAUUUCGGAUGUAGUGGUCAUCAACAGCAACCGUUACGAAGUCAUUAAGCUUUCGUUGCUGUACACCGUGUUUCGCACUACAAACGGAACUACUGUACAAGCUCCAAACUCUCUUUUGAACACGCUUUUCAUCGAGAACAUGCGCAGAAGCAAAGCUCAAAGUGAGUCCAUAUCUCUACAAAUUCCCUUCAUCACCGAAUUUAAAACUCUCGAGAGGCUCAAGGAAUUGUUGCUCAAGUUUGUCGGAGAAAACCUUUCGGAUUAUAAGCCGAUGAUAGACAUUACGGUGGACGACUUUUCGACACUCACUUCAAUGACGGUGAAAGUCAUUUUUUACUACAAGUCGAAUUGUCAAAACGUCGGUCUUCAGAUAUCGCGACGCAACAAGUUUAUGUGUGCCUUGGCCAUUGCCUCACGCCAACUGAAGCUGCCUGCAACUCUUAUUCCUACUCCAGGUGCCGACGUGAAGCAUCCUUUGAACGUGAACUUCCUCAAUUCACCUCAACCAAAUGUGGUUGUUACGGGACCAGACUCCUCUUCGUCCUCUUCCUCACAGUUAUCGGGUACGCUUCACGAGUCACCAACUCCGGCAGCGGAAAGGGAUACAUCCCUACCUGCCAACGCAAAUCCUGCUGGUUGGGCAAUACCUGCCUUCACCACAGUUGCCAACCAAAACUUGGCACUUAACGCAUACAACAACAUCACGAGUGCCGUUCUGUCGAGUGAAAAUAACAGCAACGACACAGAUGCAGGAAAUGACGAUACUAUACAAGACACAAGUACAACGACUGUUACCACUGAAGUUGUACAGGAUGAUGACCCUUCACAACAGAUACCUUCUAACAGCUAG